CGGGGCGUGGUCUGGGCCGGCCGGGGUCGCGUGCUGACGAGCGGCGGGGAGUGCGCGGCGCCUGGAGGCGCGGCUGGGUGGCUGCCGGGACUCGAGCGCGGGGAGCGGCCGGCCGAGAGGCAGCAGCUUCCUGAGAAUUACUUAUUUGAAGAAACAUGAAGUCAUCCUGUGUUGUUAUGCUCACUUUAGCCAUCCUGGUGUUCCUGACAUGGGUCCCUGUGUCACUGAGUUGUAACAAAGCACUCUGUGCUAGCGAUGUGAGCAAGUGUCUCAUUCAGGAGCUCUGCCAGUGCCGCCCUGGAGAAGGGAACUGCUCGUGCUGCAAGGAGUGCAUGCUGUGCCUCGGGACGCUCUGGGACGAGUGCUGCGACUGCGUGGGCAUGUGCAACCCUCGGAACUACAGUGACACUCCUCCCACAUCGAAGAGCACCGUGGAAGAGCUACAUGAGCCCAUCCCGUCUCUCUUCCGGGCGCUCACAGAGGGGGACACGCAGCUGAAUUGGAACAUUGUCUCCUUCCCGGUCGCCGAGGAACUCUCACACCACGAGAACCUGGUCUCGUUUCUAGAAACCGUGAACCCGCCACAGCCCCAGAACGUGUCUGUCCCCAGCAACACCGUGCACGCACCUUACUCCAGUGACAAAGAGCACAUGUGCACUGUGGUUUAUUUUGAUGACUGCAUGUCCAUUCAUCAAUGCAAAAUAUCCUGUGAGUCCAUGGGGGCAUCCAAAUAUCGCUGGUUCCAUAACGCCUGCUGCGAGUGCAUUGGUCCAGAAUGUAUCGACUAUGGCAGUAAAACUGUCAAAUGUAUGAACUGCAUGUUUUAAAGACGGGAAAGACAGUAAAACAAAGCAGUUUAAUCAAGAAACGUAUGAAAUGUCAUUCAUAAAUUUUACAUCUACAGUUUGCUUGAGAAUCCUAGCAGAUUAAGAAGAUGAAAGCAUUUGGACUGGGUUCCUUUGACCAUAUAGUAAUGUGCUAAAUUGUGUUC